GCAAAAAACAAUAGCAUAAAAUUUCAGUGCCGAACGCUGACGAGUGUGUGUUGGUCCUGUUGGAUGGAUGUUCAUUUUCCAACUUGAUACCGCGUUCGCUCACUCUCAACUCAACUUCAAUUAAUCAAAUCCCACACUUUCUCUCUCUUUCCUUCAAAUCUCAAUUCUAUUUUGCAAAAUCUGAAUCAAACACAGUUAAAGACGCACAAGAAAACAUCUCGCUCAACACCACCAACACUUCGGAUCUACGUUUCCACUCUCCGAACAUCAAAAAAGGAAAGAAAAACCGAUUUACAGCGACAACAACGAACGAACGAUUUCUCGAAGCGCUCUCAAAAUGGCGCGUGCACCCUUUACUUCAUUCCCCUUCGUCCUCAUUACCCUUCUCUCAAUUCUCCACCUUUCGCACUGCAAGACCCUCAAGCGUGACGUUAAGGCUUUGAACGAGAUCAAGGCUUCGCUUGGGUGGAGAGUGGUGUAUGCGUGGGUCGAUGAUGAUCCAUGUGGAGAUGGGGAUCUUCCUCCUUGGUCUGGUGUCACGUGUUCCACUGUCGGUGAUUAUCGUGUUGUUACCGAGCUUGAGGUGUAUGCGGUGUCGAUUGUUGGACCUUUUCCCACUGCUGUUACCAGCUUGUUGGAUCUUACACGGCUUGAUCUUCACAAUAACAAGCUGACAGGGCCUAUUCCUCCUCAAAUUGGACGGUUGAAGCGCCUUAAAAUAUUAAAUUUGAGGUGGAACAAACUACAGGAUGCAAUUCCUCCAGAAAUUGGCGAGCUUAAAAGUUUAACACAUCUGUACCUAAGCUUCAACAAUUUCAAGGGAGAAAUUCCGAAGGAGCUAGCAAAUCUUCAAGACCUUCGCUAUCUUUAUCUCCAUGAAAACCGUUUAACUGGAAGAAUACCACCAGAAUUGGGCACACUGCAAAAUCUUCGGCACUUGGAUGCUGGUAACAAUCAUUUAGUAGGUACCAUAAGGGAACUCAUUCGUAUUGAAGGUUGCUUUCCUGCACUACGCAAUCUGUAUCUAAACAAUAAUUAUUUUACUGGAGGAAUGCCUGCACAGCUUGCUAACUUAACCAGUCUUGAGAUCUUGUACCUAUCCUACAACAAAAUGUCAGGAGUUAUACCAUCUUCCGUUGCUCGUAUUCCUAAAUUGACAUACUUGUACUUGGAUCACAAUCAGUUUUCAGGGAGAAUUCCUGAACCCUUUUACAAGCAUCCAUUUUUGAAAGAAAUGUACAUUGAGGGAAAUGCAUUCCGGCCCGGUGUCAAUCCCAUUGGUUUCCAUAAAGUGCUUGAAGUUUCUGAUGGAGACUUCCUUGUUUAAUGAAAGCUCUAAAUAUUUAUAAUUUUUUCUCUUCAGGAAGUGCACUUGUAUAAUUAUUGAAACAAUUGUUCCUCUAAUUAUCUCAAUGAAAUAGCCAAAUAGGUAAUCCAAUUUUGUCAAAAUCUAUCUUGUUAUAGUAAAACAGUCGUUUUAAGUGUACUGUUUAAGAGCUUUCCACGCUCCAAAAAGUUGUAUUAUAGAUAAGAUAGUCUUGGACUCUUGAUAUCAACUUCAAAAAUUGAAGAAUGAUAUUACAUAUUUUUCAGUAAAAAGUAAUAUUACUGUGCAAAAAA